GUUGUAGACGAAACUGGUAGAAGAGAAAAACGUGUUUAGAAAGCUGUCUUAUGCGAAUUUUCAAAUAAUUAUGAAUAGAAAAAAGCAAAAAUCCUCGGAUGACGUGGAGGAAGAGCUUACAUUGGAGACUGUUCUAGAUCUUGGGGGUGAAAAGGAAGAUUAUAACCUCUUGAAAGAUGUUGAAGAUUGCGAUGUGUUAGAAUUUGAAGAGGAUUUCGAAGCCGAACCUAUUAAAAGAGAUGAUAUUAGAAGUUUUAUUAAAAAUUUGGGAAUAAAAGAACAUCGUGAAGAGUUUUAUGGCGAUACUGAUGAUAAAAAGAAGAAAGAACAAACUAAAGUAAAAGAAACUAAUGAUAAGAAAAAAGAGGAAGAUACACUUGAAAAGAAGAAGAAAAAUAAAAAUAAAUUCAAGUCGGACGACGAGGAAAAGAAAGGAAGAAAGCAAGAAAAGCUUAAAAAUACUAAUAACUUACAAAACCGAAAACAUUUAUUAUUUAAAGAUGUUGAUAUAUGGUCAUUUGAUGAGGAAAAUACUUCGUCCAGUCAAGAUGUUGAACUUGGCCCCGAUUAUAUAGAAAAGACUAAAACUUAUACUUGGAAAAUAUUUGAUGAAGAAGUCAAUGCAUACCAAAAAGAACGAGACAAGAGAAAAAGUUCACAGAAUAAAUGGAUGAAGACUGUUCUUUCUGGAGGAACUUUAAAAGAUAAAACUGCAGCAUUAACUCUAUUAAUUCAAGAGUCACCUUUGCACAAUCUUCCAAAUUUAGAUAAUUUAAUUAAUAUGGUAAAGAAAAAGGGAAGAAGAGAAGCUAUGAUUGCUCUAGAUACGCUUAGAGAACUUUUCAUAUCUGAUCUGUUACCAGAAAGAAAGCUAAGGGAUUUUGAACAGUGUCCAUUAAAUGAUGCUGAAAUAAAAGCUGGUAUGAGUAAAGAUGAUCGAGAUAAAAAACUCAUCUUUUGGAUGUAUGAAAGUGAAUUAAAGAAGAAAUACAAUGAAUUUGUUAACGCGUUAAGUGCUCAUUUAAAUGAUCAAAUAAGUGGUACGAAACAAAAAGCCCUUGGCACUGUAUCGGAAUUACUUGUUAAAAAACCUGAACAGGAAAAACAACUGUUGGCACUUAUGGUUAAUAAACUAGGUGAUCCAGAUUAUAAAGUAGCUUCAAAAGCAUGUUAUUAUUUAACAAGAUUACUUGUUAAUCAUCCAAAGAUGAAUAGUAUAGUUGUUGAUGAGGUAGAAAGGCUUUUAUACAGAGCAAACAUUGCUGUGAAAGCUCAAUAUUAUUCAAUAUGCUUUUUAAAUCAAAUUCAUUUUCAAAAAGAUGAAAAAAAUCUGGCUUCAAGACUGUUAAAAACAUACUUUUCCUUUUUUAAGGCAUUUGUCCAAAAGAAGGAUGUGGAUAAUAAAAUUAUGAGCGCACUUUUAAUUGGUGUGAAUAGAGCUUUUCCCUUCGCAAAAGAUGAUCAAACAAAUAUUCUUUCCGAAAUCGAACCGUUAUACAAGCUGAUUCACACUGUCAACUUUAAUACAAGUUUACAAGCAUUAAUGUUAUUAUAUCAGGUUAUGGAUGCAAGCGACAAUAUAAGUGAUCGAUAUUAUAUGGCUUUGUAUAGGAAGAUGUUAGAUCCCGCUUUAAAAAAUUCUUCAAAACAAGUACAAUUCUUGAAUAUUCUAUUCAAGAGUAUUAGAAAAGAUACAUCGGAAAAGCGAGUUAAAGCGUUUGUUAAGAGAUUAUUAGCGAUUUGUUGUGUUAAUUCUCCUAAUUUUAUUUGCGGUGCUCUGUUGAUUGUUAGUGAGAUUUGCUCAGAAAAGAAAAAUUUACUUGUUACUGAAAAGUAUGAUGAGGAUUCGGAUGACGAAGAACGUUUCGAAGAUCAAGCAGACGAAGAAGACGAAACGAAAGAAAAGGAAAAUGGAAUUGAUAGCGUCGAUGUAAAAUCUCCAACUAAUAAGUCAUCAUGGAUUCAUAAGAAAAAUUUAGGGACAACUCAGGAAACUUCAACUUAUCAACCAAAUGUUAGAAACCCAUUGUACUGUAAUGCGGAUCAUGAAUGUGUGUGGGAAUUACAAAAAUUAGAAGCUCAUUAUCAUCCUUCAGUCUCUCUAUUUGCAAAAAAUUUACUUAAUAAUGAAAAAAUUAAAUAUGGGGGGGAUCCACUAAACGAUUUUACCCUUAUUAGAUUUUUAGAUAGAUUUGUAUUUAGAAAUCCUAAAAAGCACUUGAAAGAUCCUGAGGAGAAGAAAGAAAAGAAGAAACAAAAAAAUUACAAUGACAUUGCCGUUAACAGUGAAGAAUUCGCAAAGAAAAAAGAAGAGGAUGUUUCUGUUAAUGAUGUAUUCUUUCAUCGGUAUUUUACCCAACAAUCCGCUAAAUAUAAGUCUGGAGGAGCAGGUAGUGAUGAUGAUGAUGUCAGCGAUGACGAAUUUGAAGACUUUUUGGAUGGAGUGAAAAAGAGUAAGAAAACUACUAAGAAGAAAUCGAAAAAAGACGACGACGACUAUGAUGAUAAUAGCGAUGAGGAUGCUGAUAUAGAUAGCGAUGAAGAUAUUGAUUUAGGCAGUGAUGAAGAUAUCGAUAUGGGUAGUGCGGAGGAAGAUUUUGAGGAUGAAAUGGAUGAUAUUGAUGAUGAAGGCGACGAAGACGAUUCGGACGAUUUCGAAGAAUUUGAGGCAAAAUCUAAUAAGAAAAAUAAAAAGAAACAAGACUUAUCGGAUUUAUUUGCUGACGCUGAAGAGUUUGCGGAAUAUCUGGAGGAAGGAGCAACAAAUAAAAGUCAUGGAACUAUGUCUAGUGAUUAUGUAAAUAAAGAUAAUUCUUCUAUUAAACAAUUAAAAUGGGAGAGGAAAAGAGAAGGUCAAGGCAAAAAGAGAAAAGGAAAGAAUACUGGUAAAAAACCUAACAAGAAAAGACGGAAAUAG